CCUGCCUCGCAUCCAUAGCGAGUAGCAGCAUACAGGCAGCCUCACUGUAGGCUGCUGCUGUAAAAGACCAGGCUAAGUUUACAAUAGGAAACACAAUAAGGUUCUCUCUCGGUUCUUCUGGGCCAUAAUGGGUGGAUGUUUUUCGGCCGCAGAGACGAGUCCCACAGCCCGGUAGGCAUUUGUUUUCCGUGCUGCCGAACUAUCCAGAAUCGUCCAUGGUGAAGUGACACUGGGAUUCGAACAAGUGACCCGCCUAACAUAGUUAGAAGUGCGGCUAUUUUGCAGAGACGCAACAUUACGCGCAGGAGGAAGCAGCGCAGGGUUACAUUAAACCGUCCCCAGCCUGAUUUGACUGCGCGUAAUGUUAAAGCGCACCCUCCGCGGCUGUUUCCCCGUGGGGUGGCUGUGAGAAAAGUGGACUGUCUGGUUUGUUUUCUCCAUCCACUUCCCAGACCUGCAUGGAACAAAGUGUGCUUUCCGAGACAUAACCUGCGCCCGUGAGGUGGAUCCAGGCGGUUUGUCAGCGUGGGGUUAUAUGUGGUAACACUGCCCGUCGAGAGUCCAGCUUCUCCCGACAGUCAUCAUGAGGACCACCGAGGAGGCGGAGGGCUUUGACGGCGAGGCCUCCAACACUUCCAUGAUCUCCGGGGCCAGCAGUCCGUAUCAACCCACCACCGAGCCCGUCCAUUCAAGGAACGUUUUGGGGGGGAUAAGGUGCGACGUGGAGUACCUCAAGUCAUACUUUGGGAUUUUAAAGGUGGUGGAAGUGGUUCUAUCACUUAUUGGAUUCAUCUGCAUAGAGACCAUCAUGAUGUGCUCUCCCUGCGGGGGGGUCUACUUCUUCGAGUUUGUCAGCUGCAGUGCCUUCGUGGUGACAGGAGUCCUCCUCCUCAUCUUCAGCCUCAACCUGCACACCAAGGUGCCCCACGUCAACUGGAGCCUCACGGACCUGGUUAACACAGCUGCGAGCACCUUCUUCUUCUUCUUGUCAUCUCUUGUGCUGGCCUGCAUCAACCACAACACUGGAGCUGAAAUAGCAGCAGUGAUCUUCGGCUUCCUGGUGACAGGUGUGUAUGGAAUAAACACCUUCCUGGCGGUACGGAGAUGGCGCCGCGGCAAUGGGUGUCCAGGGGCAGCUCAGACCAGCGAGUACAUGCGAGCACGCACGGCGUCUCGUGGAGAAAUGGAAGCGAGACCCGAGCUCGCAUGAGCGCUGGCAGACAAUCAGACAGACUAAAGGAAAGCCACACUAUGGGCAGCUGACUGAGAUGGACUCAGUAUUUUAAUCAAGUCGUGAGUGGAAGGGCUCAUCUCAAACUCGCCACAUGCUUUUGACUUCUCGUUACAACACCUCAGCUGCGCUUUCUGCCCGCCCAGCCACUGAAUACAUCUUCAUUUACGGUCACAGAUGAGCACUGAGGCAUUGUUUAUCAGGCUUCAGUGACACAUAAAGACUCUAAAGUGAAGAGCUCCAGUCAGGAUUGAAGGUAUUCUCUGUAAAACUUUUCAUCCACAUAACUUUAAAGUCAGUAUGAAGGAUGACUUUCACGAAGAGCCCGUGCUCCAACUCCUGUUCUGGUGUAGGUGUUGACUUUUGAGAAAGUUUUGUGUUUCACUGUGAAGAGUUAAAGAAGGUCAGCUUUUGUACAGUUUGCUUACAAUAUUUCAUGCCGCUGUCUGUGAAGUCUGUGGUAACAAAUGUGAUCAUGGAUUCAGGAAGCCACUGGACCAGCAGCACACAGUAACCCGCAGCACAACAGAAGCAUCACGACUUCACUGUUCAUCUUAGAUACUGACAUCAGCCUUUAGUUUCUACCUGUGGGCAAGGCUGACAUUAGAUAUUUUAAUCAUGUUUGUUUCCCCUUAGUCUUGACUAACUUUACAAAUGCCUUUAACAUUAAACCUUUGGCCACUUCUAAGAUCUUUCCUGCCAGCAGUGAUGCAGCAACAGUACAGGGUCAUUCUUAACUGCAGAAAAGACAACAAAAGGUCCACAUUUUGAAGUGAGUGAAGAAGAUUUACUUUGUUGUAACACAAAUGCAUGCAGUGGGUUUGACACAGUUGUGAGACCACAAUAAAAAAUACUCCAUUCCACAGAGGUUCUGGACGCAGGUCACAUGACUGGGACUCGAGACUCAAGUCACUAAUUUGAUGACUUAAGACUCAACUUGACAAAAUCAAAAAAGACUUGCUGCUUAAGUUGAGCUUUAACACCUAUGACUUGUGAUUUCACUUAGACUUGAGCCUGACUUCAAAAUACUUGAUACCUUCCCCCUAACCCAAAGAUUAUUUAAAAAGA